AUGGCAUUGACUUGGAAAGGGUUUGCUAUCGGCCAUCCAUCUGAUGAUUCAAAAUCAACUUGGACCCCUCGAACUAUUCAGCUUCCAGUUAACGCCUCUGGUGGUCCUGAACGAGAAAUCUGUCAUGUACCGUCAUGGACUGCCUCCGAUCUAGAAGCGGAAUUUAUGAGUCUGUGUUCAACAUUGAUGGCUGAUGCUGAUAAAAAACCAACUCCAAUCCAAAAAGGCACGUUGCGUUAUCGUACCUUCUCCUUGUAUGUCGAGUAUCGUGAGAAAUCGACAAGACCUUCUUCAGGAGCACUGGUGCUGGCGCAAGAUCGUGCGCUGUCUAUAGAGAAGGCUCAGCUCGUGCCCUUCAGAACGCUCAACACUGGCCUCCUGCAGAUCGAAGUCAUUAGCAAACAAUCAUUGUAA